AUGGACCGCUUCCAGCAACCCUCCGAGCUGGACGAGGCGACCAAAGCCCAAACGGCAGACGCGCUCGUCAAGUCGCGUCAGUUCCUUACCACCCGUCUGCUGCCGGACCUGGAACGGGCAAAUCGUGACCACCAGAGUCUGGUCGCGCAGAUCGACGAGUACAGGAAGCUGCGCGAGACGCUACGGUCCCUAGACACCGAUGAAGGGCGGAUGAAGAACGAGAGCGUAGUGGACAAGGGAGCGACGCUGUUGGCGGAUGUGGGUGGUGGAGUAGCCGUUCCGACUCAACUGCUGCAAGACGAGAAACCGAUCAUCUCGCUAGGUCUCGCCAACUUCUACGCACAACUCACAAACAGGGAGGCGAGAGCCUUUAUCAACAAGAAGCUCACCCUGCUCGAGGCGAAACGAGAUCGAGCGAUCGACAAGCUCGCCCAGAUCGAAGCGCACAUUCAUCUCACGUCUGCUUCCAUCACGCAGCUCGACAAUUUGCAUCGCGGCGGGUCCAUCAUCGACGAUGUAUAG